GUGGGAGGUCACGCGAUCCACGAACAAAGACAUUCUUGUUUCCUUCGAAGUUUCUACAAGCAUAGAUCUCCGCUAAUUGAAACAGCAUAAAGAUGGUGGCCCAUUCUAGAAUUCUUCUCUCUAAGUGUUCCGAGUUCCGUAGAGAAGGUGAAUUUAUCGACAUACGUUUAAAAGUGGGUGAUACACUUUUCCCAGCUCACCGAGUUGUUCUUGCGUCGUAUAGCGAUUAUCUCCGCGCCAUAUUUACUGAUGGGAAAGAAGCGAACCGGGAACUGAUCGAACUGAAAGAUAUAAGCAUUUUACCUGAGAUAUUUAAGAUCAUUAUGGACUCCAUCUACACUGGCGAUCUUCGUGUCAACCAGAAGAGCGUAUUUGAGGUUCUUCUCACAGCUAGUCAGCUUCAAAUCGCGAGUGUUGUUCAACUGUGUUGUGAUUUCGUAAAGAAGGAAUUCAUAGAAAACGGAAUUGACCUGAAGAACUACUCCGUGCUGUGUGCAGUCGCCGAAAGACUCGGUCUGAGAGAUCUGCAAGAGGCCGCAGAGGCCAAGAUGGCAUCCAUUUACAAAGAUGUUUGCGAAAGUAAAGAAUUCCUUACUCAUAUCAGUGCAGAUCAACUACAUAGCCUUCUUGGUCGAGAUGAUCUCAAUUCACCCUCUGAAGCUUUCGUCUUCAAAUCAGUGAUGAAGUGGAUCAAAUACAAAGGGGAAGAGAGGAUGCCAGUUGCUGGAAAAGUUAUCGGAGCUGUUCGUCUGGGGCUGGUAGACGUGAAGAUAGUGAUUGAAGAGUUGAAAACAGAAGAAAUGCAGCGAGUUCCCGAGGUGAACAUUCAUCUGCAAGAAUCCAUGAUGCAUCACUGUAUGCCUUCACAUGAAUUUGCUGCAGAGAAAAUGAAACCAAGAUCAAUGCGUCCGAUUCUCGUGGCCAUCCAUCCCACUCGAGAUUUAAGGAGCGAAACAUUUGCAAAUGAGCGAAAGACCAGAGGCAAAAUAGAGGAGAAAGCGGUAAGCAUUAAGUGCUCGACUUUCCCCUGUCAUCAGUCCGAAGACGCUUUUGCUCAAUAUUUUGAUGUUGACACCAAAUUGUGGAAGCCUUUGGCAUCGGUUGCUCAGCUGGGUGAAAUAACUGAUGUAUGUUAUUCUGCAGAAUUGGUUGGAAAUUACCUGUAUUUAGUCACAGAUGUGCAACAGCAACAGGGGUUCCAAAAAUAUGCUGUAUACCGUUAUCACAUAUUAAAUAACACGUGGGAGAAACUUCCAGAAUUGUAUAAAGGGGUAGACAGCGACAAAUCGCGCAGCCCGCCUAAAAUCUGCUUAUGCUCAGUCAGUAAAUAUUUGUAUGUCAUUACUCCAUCGAAUCCUCCCCAAAGGUACGAUUUGAUCAAUAACGUUUGGCAAGCUGGGGAAAAGUUGAAUUUUCCCCAACAUGAAGGAAUUCUCCAAUUUCUUGCGGCGACAGUGAUGAAUCGUAAAAUAUAUGUAAUUCAUGAUUGUCAAGAUCGUAAGAAUGUCAACAAACCAGCGGUAUUUCAUUGUUUUGACCCAGAGAAAAAUGAAUGGGAACGUAAAGCUUCGACCUGCCAUCCUCAUUUUGAGUCUAGUAUUUUCGUAGUCAAUAACAGACUAUGUGUGGCAGGGAUUUCCAAUUCAAUAAGAAAUUUAAUGCGGGACCAUCCACCUGUGGAAUUGUAUGACGAACGUAAAGACACCUGGUCUGUUGUGGAGCAGAAACGUAUCCCGCCCAACUUAUUAGGUGCCUUUGAAAUUGAAAGGAGGGUGUAUUUCUUAAUAAACAAUUUUCCUAUUGACAGUGGUAUUAGAAUUCCUCCGGAGGAAAAUUUUCCUGUCCACUUAGGGGAUGAAUGGGGAAACUUAGCAGAAGUAAGUCAAAACGCAGUCUUGUGUUAUUUGCCUGUCAAGAAAGAAAACAUAAGAUAAAGGAAGCAGUGAUAAAUUUAAGGUAAAAAUUUCACGCAUAUAAAAAUCAGUUAAUGCAUGGAAUGGUUAAGAAAGAGGUCUAGAUACUUGUUUCAAUGUAGUUUACUGAAAAGCUAUAUUAUGAUACUCAACACUCAACAUUAAAAUUCACUGUUGUUUCAAAGGAGUGUUAAUAGGCGUACGAUAAAAUAGUUUAUUGUGUAGUUUGUGUUCCAUAUUAGCUAAAAGUACGGCACAUGAAAACAUAAUUUGGUUUUCAAUACGAUACAUAAAUUGAGCAAAACUUUUUGGACAGCAUUGAGAGAAGUGAGGAGGAGUCAUGAAAUAAAGCUGUAGGUUAUGAGUAUGGCUCAUCGUAGUGCUGUAGAAAAAAGUAUAUCGACUUUCUUAGAUAAUUUUCUUAAACGCGUACUAAGUAUGCAAAUUGAAAACUGGUAAAGGCCAACAGAUCAUAACUUAAAGUGAUCUCAGUUUUGCAAAGGCUUAUGGGUAUGAUACUUUAACGCUCUGAUCGGUUUCACUGUACCUUGUAAUAUUAACUAAU